CAGAUAACAAAAGUGAGAUAUAAAACUCACCACAUGGGUCUAGCUCAAAUUGGAGUCCACCUAUAAUCACAUCAACAUGGCCAGUAAGAAGGCCUCCAACAAGAGACAAAGAGGGGCACAGAAGUCCUGUUCCAAUGUAUUCUCCAUGUUUGAACAGUCCCAAAUACAAGAGUUCAAAGAGGCUUUUGGCUGCAUUGACCAAGACAGAGAUGGUGUCAUUAAAAAGCAGGACCUGAAGGAAACCUAUGCACAACUAGGAAAACUAAACGUCAAAGAUGAGGAGUUGGAGGAAAUGCUAAAUGAAGGAAAGGGGCCAAUCAACUUCACUGUGUUUUUGACUCUCUUUGGCGAAAAACUCAACGGUACUGACCCUGAGGACACAAUACUUUCUGCCUUUAAGCUUUUUGAUCCGAACGGAACUGGAUUUGUGAACAAGGAUGAGUUUCGGCGACUACUGAUGAACCAGGCAGACAAGUUCACAGCAGAAGAGGCAGAUCAGGCUUUUGCUCUUGCUCCUAUUGAUCCAACUGGCAACAUCGACUACAAGUCUCUGUGUUACACCAUCACACACGGAGACGAGAAGGAAGAAUCCUGAACUCAAUCAUUUUCUAUAUAGAUAUUUAUGAUAACAGGCUGUUUAUUUUAAAUGAUUUGCAGUAAAAU